CAGUUUUUUAUUGUGAUUUUGCCGCGACGGAUUUAAGAAUAGUUAACAUCAUGAUCCUUGUGAACCGUCCGCUAAACCAAGCAGUUAGCCCAAGUACAACUAAGUUUGACUAGCCGGAAAUCGAGCGGAAUGGAUUCCGGCACCGGCGAUAAACCUCUUAGAAAGAUUUCCGAAGCCUUCAACGCGAUCGCCAACACUAUCAACUCGCAGCACCAACAACCGGACCUAGAACUUGCCUCUUUCUCUCGCGCUUGUUCUCUCGUUUCUCCUCUCUUCCGAUGCCUCGGUAUCGCAUUCAAGUUCGCCGAAAUGGACUAUGUUGCCAAGGUGAAUGAUCUGUGUGAGACCUCGGUGUCAAUUUUGACCUUGCAAUCGAUGAUGGCGAAGGAUAUUGAAAACAAUUGUGUGAGGAAGCCAGGUAGUCACACCAGGAAUCUUUUGAGGGUAAAGCGUGGUUUGGAUAUGGUUAGAGUGUUGUUUGAGCAGAUUCUAGCUUCAGAGGAUAAUUCUUUAAAGAAUCCAGCAUCGAAAGCUUAUGGGCAAGUAUUCUCUCCGUAUCAUGGAUGGGCUAUACGAAAAGCCGUUGCUGCAGGAAUGUAUGCCCUUCCCACAAAGCAGCAACUCUUGCAAAAACUUAAUGAAGAUGAAGUAUCUGCAAGGACUGAGAUGCAAAAUUAUGUUACUGCGUCCGCUAUUGUCAUUAUGUAUAUUGACAAGCUUUUCCAGUCAAGAAAUCUUGGCAUAGAUUGGUGAAUCAUGUACUCAUUUAUAAUCUACUUUUGACUAAUUUAAUUUGACCCUAUGAUAUUGUCUUUACUGGAACUGCAACAUGUUUUUCUUAAGAUUGUACUUUAUGACUACAGCUACUAGAUGUAUGAUUACCACCUAAUGGCUUGUUCCUUUGUGUGUGCA